AUAGCAUUUAUAAAAUGGUCAUAUUAUAAACAAUAGAAUCUCGGUGGAACUUCAUGCCGCAGAAAAUAUAAACAAAUUUAUGCUGAAGUGCAAUUUUCAUGGUUUUUAAAGAUCAUCUUUAAUAAAACGAAUUAUGAGCUGCAAUUACGCGGAUGGAUUAUCAGCAUACGACGACAAGGGAAUCCUUGGAGCUCCCGAGAGUUUCGACAGCGAGGAAGUUGUUGCCCAAAAGUGCCAGGAGCUUGCUGAUUUAAUCAAGAAGUCGGGACAUGUAGUCCUUCACACAGGAGCUGGCAUUAGCACCUCUGCUGGUAUUCCCGAUUUCCGGGGACCCAAAGGCGUUUGGACGCUGGAGGAGAAGGGCGAGAAGCCGGACUUUAACGUCUCCUUCGAUGAGGCCAAACCCACCAAGACCCACAUGGCAAUUAUAUCUUUAAUAGAAAGUGGCUAUGUGCAGUAUGUUGUCUCCCAGAAUAUAGAUGGAUUGCACUUAAAAUCGGGACUAAAUAGGAAAUACCUCUCGGAGUUGCAUGGCAAUAUUUACAUCGAGCAAUGCAAGAAAUGCAGGCGCCAAUUCGUGAGCUCAACUGCUGUGGAAACUGUAGGACAAAAAUCCCUAAAACGACCUUGUAAAUCUUCCAUAAAUACCAAAGGACGCAGCUGCAGAUCAGGAAUCCUAUACGAUAACGUAUUGGAUUGGGAACAUGAUCUUCCUGAAAAUGAUCUCGAAAUGGGUGUGAUGCACUCCACAAUCGCUGAUUUGAAUAUUGCCCUUGGAACCACUCUACAAAUUGUUCCCAGUGGCGAUCUUCCUUUGAAAAACCUUAAACGCGGUGGUAAAUUUGUUAUUUGUAAUCUGCAGCCCACAAAACAUGACAAAAAGGCGAAUUUAAUUAUAUCCAGUUAUGUGGAUGUUGUUUUAGCUAAGGUUUGUAAGUUAUUGGGUGUCGAGAUCGGUGAAUACUCGGAGUUAUCUGAUCCUACAAAGCAAAAUAAUCUAUUUGAGUGGACGAUACCCACAGAUAAUGUAAAUACCUUCCACAAACGGUACAGAAAACAUGUGAAAGAUACAAAAGUAGAAUCAAAAGCUAAGAAAACUAAAUGUAAAUAAGUAGUAUAUUUUAAUUACUUUAGUUUUUUACUGUACAUAACAAAAGAAAAAUGACUCAAAUAUCCGUAAAGGCUCGAAGUGUAAGUUCUAUAACAUUUAUAUUUACCCUUGUAAGAAAAUUUGCUAGGAAAACACGAUACAUUUAUAAGUGUAUCUUCCUUUUAGACAAUGCCGCAUUUAGAAAAUUUUUAUUUAGGAUUUAUUUAAGAAGAAGUUCUUCAUAAAAAUAAAUAAAAUCACGGCAAAUAUAAAAAUUA